AUGAACAAUAGUCGCGACCAACAUGCGCGCCGAAGAGCCUGCUUUGAAAGUAUUGCAAAUGGGAUCCAAGAUGCCAUGUGCAUGGCCGACGAUCCAGAGAAGGCCUUUUGCCGCAGUUCUGACAUGAGAGCAAUAUGGAGAACGUCACAAUUGCGGGGCCUGCUUUUCGACAGCAACUUGACGACCGAGCAAAUCGAGGCUAUACAAAACCGGUUACUGGGCUUCCUGUCAUUCAUUGUCUGGACUGAUCUCCCAGAGUUGGACUGGUUUUCGACUGUCAAGAGCUACCUGUUCUCUUCUCCCAAUAGCACAAUCACACGAUUCACCGACAAGAACCUUCCUCUCGAUGCCGAGGAACUUGCUUCCAUGGGGUUGAGUCCUCGCCGGGUCAAGAGGUCCCUGGGGGACCAAUACCGAUUCAUUCCAGCCAUUCUCGACUUUAGUCAUCAGCCUCAAACCCAGAAUAUUGAUUCGAGGCUCCGCAUGCCUUUCGAAUUUCGAUCGACGGAGGAGAUAUCGGGAGGUUAUGGCUUGAUAAAUUUUUACCAAGUUUCGCCUGGAUACAUUCAAAGUCGCAAAUAUAGCCAAUUCCCGUGGACGGCAAAUGAACCAUAUGCUGUAGCAGUCAAGUCUUUCCGAGGGGAUGAAGAAGCGCUGGAUGACGCCAAAAAGGAAGUGGACACACUCUGCAGAGUCAAGAGGACCCUUCCAAGCGAGGUAUAUCGCAUCACUCUCCAUCAUACUAUCAUUGAGCAGGAUUCUCGGUACUUGAUUGUUUUACCGAUUGCCGACCUGGGAAACCUCCACCAAUUCUUGCACGCCGAGGCAGCAGUCAGCUCUAGGACAUAUAAUCUUGCUCCGGAAAGUUUUGAUGAACGCUUUAGGGAUCUCCCAGACCGUGGCGCUCCGCUAGCUGGUGCCCUGGCAAAGGAAUGUGUCGCCAUUGCCGAUGCUUUGAAGUGGCUUCACGCUGGCUUUUCCGAUGACCACGCUUCCUCUGUCAACCUUGCCCACAUGGACUUGAAACCGGAUAACAUUCUCUUGUUCAACAUAGGAGAUGGUCCUGUGGGGUGGUGGAAGCUGGCCGAUUUUGGAAUAUCUGUGAUCAAGAAGGUUAGCAAAGAUGGUAAUGUGGAAAACGCAACAAUGCACACGAGAGCGCGGCGACCCACAAGCACCUACCAAGCACCUGAAAUCGAGAGAGCCUGGGAUGAUUCGGGCGGUCAAUUCAAGGUCGGCAGAAAAAGUGACGUCUGGUCUUUUGGGGCAAUCUUCUCGGAGAUUCUGACUUUCACCGAAACGGGGCCGCCUGGGGUAGAUCAAUUCAGAGAUCUAAGACGCGGCCCAUAUGACAGCUUCUACUCGGAGUCCCCAAGGCAAUCUACUCACCUAAGCAUUCAAAACCAUGGCAAGAACUAUCAAUUAAGAUCAGAAGUGACAGAAUGGCUUCAAGAGCUUCGGAACAGUGCAGGGCCGGAGCGCAAUUAUGUCACUUGCUGGGCAUACUGUAUCGAAUCCUUGCUUGUGGCGGAUCCCGAGGCGAGACCUGAUGCCGAAAAAAUGUAUGCCAACGUUUUGCACGUUUCUCAACAUAUUGACCAGAUCAUUCAAAAGAGAGAUACAGACUGUAUUUUUACGUUGCAUCAUCGUCAACAACAACAACAACCACCACCACCACCACGAGUCCCGGAUAUAUCGAUCGAAACAGUGGGCCAGCGUAACAUGUCGAUAGGCUCUAGUGUGAGACAUUCGGACAUCUUCGACACAGGCUCUGAUGGACCCUCUCACGAUUCAUCGAGCCACGUAUAUGAUUCAGCUGACUUCUCAACUUCUUUCAAACAUGGUCCGCCAGCAAUACCACCCAUGGGGUGGCAACAUGUUGAGACACACGCUAUGUCAUGGGAAGUAAAGAUCAAAGGUUCAACUCCAAGUGCUGUAGCGGUCGGGAAAUACUGGAUUGCAUACCUCGCCAAAUCAACAAUUUCUUUGUCCAGGAUCCUUCCAGAUAAGGAUGGGAAUAACAUUACCGAGACGGUGAGAGCUAUUGACUUACCCUUCAAGGCAAGGACAGAUCGUAGCGGUAUCGUACUUGCUGGGCAGUACCUUGCGGCUUGGGGGGAAUCCAAAACAUCAGAACCAAUGCUUCAUGUAUAUAAGCUAGACUACCAGGACGCCAGAGCUACUCCUAUUCCAAUCCCAAUACCAACAAGGUAUUUCGAGCAUUCAAAGAGAAUCGCUAUAUCACUUGAAGGGUUUGUUGCUGUAAUAAAUAUGAAAGAGUUAUUCAUAUUGCAUGUUGGAAGCCCGAACGAAAUACACACUCGUCACACUUCCAGAGAUGUCCCUCUGGAGCAGAAUUGCUACAUCGAAGAUAUUGCAUUCAAUGAGGAAGGGAACCUUCUGUAUGUGUGGGCGACGGGCCUCAGCAAGGGCUGGCUACUUUGCUAUCGCGUUACGGAGCUUCCUAGCAUUGAGCUGGAGGCCAGAACCCGUUACGAUUUUGAAGGACACGUGAAACUGCACCAGACCCGAUUACUUCCCUUCAACCAAGCUUUGGGGUGUCUUGUCGUUCCGGACGGCGACAACCAAGUUGCUUUCGUUCCUGAUAGCGCUAUUCUCCAUCAUGCGCCAAGAACACUCUAUGCUUUCCCAAUUCAGCCUAGACUCUUGGAUAUUCGAGCAGCAUGUUUACAUCAAGACCAGUCCUUUGUUGUAGUCACUUCGAAACGGAUUCCUUCUUCUUCAUUGGUACACAUAUUGCCAGUCAGACCAACUGGUGGGUUUGAAGAAGAGAGCACCCUCUGCCGACUAGACUCGCGAUUGAAGGAAGGGUCAGCGAUGCAGGUCAUUCUCUGCAAUGAUGAAGCUGCGAGCAUUAUUCUCAUCUGCCAAGUAGAUGGCAAGAUUUACGCUAUCAAAUGCAGGCCCAAAAGAUGA